AUGAGAAGUGUUCAUGCCGCCGCGGCAGUAAGCUCAGCCAUCACGGCCCCCAAUUCGCUGGAUGUCAAGAACUCAAAGUCGGUUCGAAAUGUCGCGGCCACUCUUGCAUACGAUGCCAUGUCCUACUACAAGGGUAACCUCUCGGCCCCGGACUCUGUCGCCAUGGGAGAUCUCCAGGAUCCGUAUUACUGGUGGACGGCCGGCGCACUCUGGGGGGCGAUGCUGGACUAUUAUCACUUCACCAACGACUCGACCUACAACGACGUCGUGAUCCAAGCUCUGCUGGCGCCUACGAAUCUUGGAAUCCAGCACUCGUACAUGCCGGCAGAACACGCCUUUGAAGAGGGCAACGACGAUCUCUUCUUCUGGGGCUCCGCUGCCAUCGCCGCCGCCGAACGAAACUUUCCGCAGCCAAACAUCACUCUGCCCUCCUGGCUGGACUUGGGAGCUAAUGUCUUCAACCAGCUUGCGAGCCGCUGGAACACGCAAGACUGCGGCGGCGGUCUCUUGUGGCAGAUUUACGCUUCCAACCCGAACGGCCUGACGUACAAGAACAGCAUUAGCAAUGGUGGGUUCUUCCAGAUUGCCGCUCGCAUGGCCCGCGCCACUGGCAACGACACGUAUCUCGAGUGGGCAGAAAGAGUCUGGGACUGGUCCAUGGACAUUGGCUUUAUCGAUCCCGAAUCGUAUCACGUCUACGAUGGUGCUGGAAUCGAUACCAACUGCACCAAGACGAACCCGGCGUCCUUCACUUACACCAGCGGCAUCUACCUGUACGGCGCGGCCAUCAUGGCAAACUACACCAAGAAACCUGAAUGGAAGCAGCGGACAGAGCGACUGCUGGAUGGCGCUGGCUGGUUCUUCACGCCGCCCAACAGCACCACCAAGAUCAUGUACGAGGGCGCCUGCGAAACCGUCGAGCGAUGCAACGCCGACAUGACGACGUUCAAGGGUUAUCUGGCUCGCUUCAUGUGGCAGUCAACUCAGAUGGUUCCCUCGCUCCGUGAAAAGGUCGAGAGCCUUCUCAUUCCCAGCGCCAAAGCCGCCGCGGCUACUUGCACAGGAGGUCCGACUGGCCGCGCCUGUGGCCAGAAGUGGUAUGUAGGCGAAUUCGACGGCUUGGUCAGUCUGGGCUCAGAAAUGUGCGCGCUCGAGACGGUUCAGGGGCUGCUGAUUGAUGGGGCUGCGCCACCUUUAGAGGCAAAGGAUAUCAAGAAUGUGCGCGAGGCGAAUUGGAGUAAUCAGGAGAGUUCUGUGCCUCCGCCAGUACAGACGACGACAAAGCGAGGCAUUGCGGGGGAUGCGCGGCCGACACAAAAUUCUGCUGGUGCGAGAUUGAAUCUCGAAUUGAUGCCGCUGGCGGUAGUUUCUUUGGGAAUAAUCUUUGCAACCUGGGGCUUGGCUUGA